AUGAGCCCUCAUCUUCAGGAGAAAACACUAAAUGAAUUACAAGUCCUUUUCGACAAAGAAGAAGACCCUAAUAAGCUUAACGAAAUCAUGAACUUAAUUUCUAAAAAAGGGAUUGCUUCUGAUAAAGAAAUAAAGGAAAAUAAUUAUGUUACUUUAGAGGAAGAUUUAUAUCAACAAAUGGGAUUAAUGAAGUUAAAUGAUCUUGACUUUCUACCCAUAGAAGUUGUUCAACAAAGGAUCGAAAACAAACUAGGUAAAAGUGUUAUGGAUAAUAAUGAUGUUGGUGAGGAAAUUAUUAAUGAAAAUAUUAAUGUAAACAAUGUUAUCCAAAGACCUAGGUACCAAGGAGAAGGAAGUUGCACCCGACCAAGAUACAUACCAGGGAAGACUACCCGGUUUAGUGUCAGGGUUAUGCCUAAUCAUACACCUAAACAAGAAGAAGUGACUCUUGAACCUAUAAGUCAAACUGGUUAUAAACUUAAGCUAGACGGUGUAAGAGACAGACAAGAUGUUUUAGAUCAGUGGAAGAAGAGUAUGAGUAGUGUACUUAAUUUAAACAUUGAUUGGACUUCAGAAAAUUUCUUAAACUACAUUGAACAUAGUCUUUGUGGUUGUGUAGAAGACUGGUACGAUGGAAUAGAGGAAGAAGUAAAAACUGCAUUAAGAGCUAGCGAAUCACCUACUAGAAUGUUUAGGCAGUUAUGUCAAUAUAUUGAGUCAGAGUUCAUUGGUCCUAGAGCCGAUCCUAAUGAGAAACGAAUGGAAUAUCAAAGAAAGUUAAGUAAUUUAUCCAUCUGUAAUAUGAAAUAUGUUGAUGAUUACAUUAUGGAAUUUGAAACAUAUUAUUAUAAAAUUGGUGAAAAUGAAACAAAUCUUGGAAUGUUCUAUGACAAAUUACCCAGUCCUCUUAAUGAAGAGAUUAGUGAAAAAUAUCAAGAAUGGAGAGAGAGAUUUUUAGCUAGGGAUGCCCUAGGAAACAGAAUUGCUUUCCUUAGAAAAUGGAUUGAAAAGAAGUGUAGAGAGGUUGCAGGAACUCAACAAAUGAAGAGACAAUUUCUCACUUGUUGGGAUUUCCCAAAUAACUAUGGAUGUGAAAGAAAAAACUAUAAUAAAAGAAAGAACUAUAAGAAAAAUAAAUUUGACCGAUCAAGAGGAGAAACCUAUAAGAAGAAGUACUAUAAACAUAAAUAUAGAAAACCAAGUAGGUUUUUCAGAAAGGCAACAUAUUGUCCUGAGAAAAAGAAGACAUGUAAGUGUUGGUCUUGUGGAGAAUUAGGACAUUAUGCUAAUGAAUGUAAGAAAGCUAAUCAUAAACUAAUGGAAGCCUUAGGAAGUUGGGAUUACAUAGAAAUACCAUAA